AAUGGGUCCAUCUCUCUCAAGUUAUCGCAGUAUUGUAGCUCUCAAAGUUCAAAAAAGUAUGGUGGAAGCUGUUGCCAAGGUUCCGACCAGAAAAGACAGCCAGUAUAAAAGGGUCCACAUCACUGAUCUCUACUACAGGGCAUGGCCAGCACAUCGAGCACCCUCGACUGAAGCCAACCUUGUCCCGGAAGUUGGUGCUUCACAACUUUGCGGCAGCACUUCGUUUGCACGGCCUGUGGAGACAAGGUUUCUUAGACAUGGCCAUGGCCCUCAAGGAAGAUGCCGAGGCCACAGGCAGUUCCUCCGGUGACCGUGAAGAGGUCCCCUGGGGCACAAGUCUAAUUUGGCACACCUACCUUUCUCCUGCAGCUUUUCUGUCUACUUAGCUAACCAGGUGGGUCAAUGAUGGCAAAGGGAAAAAAGAAUCAACAGCUUCAAACGUAGAACUUGCUCAAGCUCAACGCAUUUUUGGUGUGAAGUUUUUCCCUUAUCAUUUAUCAAAAAACGGGUAAUAAGUAUAUGACAUGGUCUUCAUACGGGCACCGCUUUCCCACAGAGAAUUAGCAGUAAAAAAAGCAGCUUAUGAAGGCUUGAAUAUUAGCUAGGAUGAUGUGGCAUAGAUAGGAUAAUGAUUAUGAAUGUUUCUGGUAAAGGUAGUGGUAGUAGAGUGAAUAAUCAGUUUAUAUAUAGAUUAAAAGACAUUUCGUUCCAAUGCCAGAAUUUUAAUUCAUCCCAAAUAAUUCUUGCGUUUGAUAGUCUAUGCGCAUUGAGUGACAGUGCUUCUUGAUGCUUGCUUCUUGCUGACAUCAUUCUUAUGCUGCAUA